GUUCCGGGUUCUUGCCAAAAUUGUUAGUACAUCAAAAGUACAGGCAUUUCUUUAAAAAUGGUGGAUAAAUUGACAGUAUUGUUCGUUGUAAUAGAAGUUACACUCAUUUUGGCUAGUAAGUAUUUUACAGGCCUUUCUUUUAAAAAUAUUGUUUUCUGUUGACAGUUGCCAUGAGUUUAGGCAGUUUAGCCAUCAUUUCAACGGAUGGCCGGAUGGCUAAUUAAAUAAUUACUAAAUACUAUGACUAUAAUAAUUAUAAUAUAAUUCUGUUAGUGUUACUCAGUAUAGUAUUAAUGACGAAUGUCAACAAAGUCAAUGAAUGUUGAUUCGUCGUGCCACUUUGAGUUUCUUUGUAACAUUCACCCCCUUUUGAGCCUUUGUUUCUUUGUGGAUUGUUGCUUGAUUGAGUAAACUUUUCUUUCUUUUUUAAAUUAGUGAUGUGCAGCCUAUCGCUUGCGAAGCACAAGCGCCUCUGUUCCUAGUGACCUAUGUUUUGAAAUUAAAUGGCCAUGACUGGCGCUCCCUUAAAAAUAAAAACCAUAAUGAAAAUAAUCAUAAAAAUAGAAACACAAAUGAAAGUUUAAUUUAAACUUUUGAUUGCAAAUGUCAUUAAAUAUGGGCAUGGGGUUGUUUCGCUUUUCUGGUAAUAAAUUCCCUAUGGUCACCGUUUAUGAUUUCAACGCCUCUGUACUCUGUUGCCUCUUGAAUCAGGUUCGAAGCUUUAAAUGUUUGUCCAAACCACCCCCCCCCCUGUAAAUUAUAAUUUCAUUUGGUGGUUAAUUAUAAUAUUUAAAUUAUCCAGCAUUUUUGAAAAUAUGUAUUGUAUUGAUUGUUAUGAGAAAUUUUGGAUUUUAUUUUUGGUGGAACCUACGAUAAUAAAGUGUGUAAAAUUGUAUUCUAUGAAACUGUAAGUUGGUUUUCAUAUUUAAAAAAAAAAUUAUCUCAUUUUCCUUCAUUUUUAUUCUUUUCUUAUCACAGUGUGUAACUGUAGCACACAUGUUUUAGUUGAGGGAAGGGAGUGACAACAGUUUGUUGACACUUCUUGCAGCAUAUCUAACUAAAGGGAUACAAUAAAUUUGCUACAUUUGCCAUAAAAUUGAUGUACAGGCUGAAAUUAUUAAAUUAAAUUAUUAUAAUUUGUUUCUAUUAUCAGUUCUCUUUGUAAGUAGCUAAAACAGAGCUUUCUCUAUCUUUCACCUCCCCAUUUGAGCCAACGUGUGUUGGCACCAGUCCUUUUUUUUUUUUUACAUGGCCGUCAUUUUGGUGCCAUGAAACUCUACCAUCAUGAAAACCAAGAUGGUAUCAGCGAGGAAAUGAGUGGGGUGCCAAACCAACAUUUAUCAUAAUUAUUACUGAUUGAUGUUUAGCAUAGAGCUAUAAUUGAGGUUGCCUAAGCAUGGGUAAGGGUAAGGCCCAAGUCAAGAAAUGAAAGCAAGGCUACUCUGUUGCCCAAACAUUUGAACCUUGUACCUAGACUGGGAAAUUAGUCGGUUAUUGCCACUAUGAUAAGUAGGCUCUCAUCUGAAAAUGUACUUCAAAUCAACCAGUGUAGUGGCUAGAAGUAUGCCUUAAAUGUCAUGGAGGCACAGGGCAUAGGAAAAGUAUGGGGAGCAUUUUUGGCUAGCUUCAAAACUUUUGCAUUAGGACCCCAUCCUAGUGUGACCCCUGAUCCCAUUGGGACCCGGAUCCCAUUCUGAUACCGAUCUCGGCGCAGUCCUGUUUAGGGUGUGAUCCCGAUCCCAGUAGAUCCAUUCAAUGUAAGGAUCCCAAUCCCGGUGAGAUCCCAUUUUCUAAUGGGAUCCUGAUCCCGUUGGGUCAAAGAUUAUGAUGGGAUCCCGACCUAUUUGGGAUCCAGUAUCAAAAAAUUCUUCAGUGGUACUGAGAGAACAGUAAACUCCUGGGCAGUAUAGAAAUGAAUAGAAUUAACUAACAUUUCAAUAAUACCUUAGACUCCCACUCAUGUAGGAGUAUUUGUUGUGAAUUUCAUUUAUAUAGCGCAUAUCAGGAAAAAAGCGAAUUCGGGGCCCCCGGCCCCAAACGGAAUAUUAUAAAAAUUUCAUAACCCCUUAAGAGUUCCUUCCGGAUAAUGAUGGAUAUAUGUGCCAAGUUUGGUCAAGAUCCAUCAAUCGAUGUAAAAGCCUUUGUGGAACAAAGCCACAAACAAACAAACUUUCACUUUUAUAUAUAUAUACUAGCCAAUAUACCCGCGUUGUACGGAAUUGCAUUAGGACCCCAAUCCCAAUGGUACCCCUAUCCUAUUCUCACCACGAUCCCGCCGCAAUCCCUUUUCCCGGUGUGAUCCGUUCCUGGUGGGAUCCGGUUUUCUUGGGGCUACGUUUCCAGGGGGAAUCCAGAUCCCGGUGGGAUCCCGAUCCCGUCAUUGUCUUAAACCCAGUGGUAUCCCGAUGUCAGUGGCAUCCCAAUGUCGGUGGAUCCCGAUGGACUACCUAUCCCGUGAGGAUACCGUACGCUGUUGGAUCCCAUUCCAAUUGGGCACUAUCUUUCCUGAUGUUAUCUCUUUUCCCGAUAGGAUCCCGAUCCCAGUUUGAUCGUGUUACAUGAUGGGAUUGCAUAACCGAUGGGUUCCAGUUUACUGUUGGAUCUCGAUCCCCAUUAGGAUCCUAUUCCUCUUUGGGAUCAUGCUCAGUGCGAUUUUGUUCAAAUAAGUUUUAAAUUCCAUUAUAUAUCCUGUAGAACAUUAAAGAACCUUCUGGAAAAUUCUCGAUUAAAUUUAAUAUCCUCCGUGAAAAGUAUACAAAAUUACUUUUCAAAGUAAUUAAUUGUCAAAUACGAAAUAUUAUACAACUAAUUUGCCCUACUAUAACUGUAGUACAUUUAAAUUAAACCGGGGGCACAUUUAAUAAAGUACCAUUUUAGUUAUGUCCGAGAAUGGGGGCCCUACAAAUAUCAGACAGAUAAAUAAUAGAGUUAAAAUGUAAAUUUGGUCUCAUAAAAAUCUACUUAAAAAUACCAUAGAUUUAGCUUUUUAAAAGUAUCAAACUUUUUGGAAAAUUCUAGAAUGGAUAUUUUUAGUUUUAAAUCCACCGAUAUUUCAAUACGUUCGAUGGCUACAUCAAUCAAUUCCCAUAGAAACUAUAGUUUUGUGUAAGCCUAUUGAUAUUUAUAUGGCUUACGUAAGAAAAAAUGAAACGGGGUCCCCGGCCCCAUAUGAAUGGAUAUUAUGAGUUCAAUACCCGUCCAUAUGUGAAUAUGGAUAAUAAAGUAUAUGUGUACUAAGUAUGGUAAAGAUCCAUCUAUAGAUGUAGGAGUAUUUGUUGUUAAUAUUAUUUAUAUAGCGCAUAUUAGGAUAAAAAUGAAUUCGGGGCCCCGGGCCCCAAACGGAAUGUUAUAAAAAGUUUAUAACCCCUUAAGAGUUCCUUCUGGAUAAUGAUGGAUAUAUGUGCCAAGUUUGGUCAAGAUCCAUCAAUCCUUGUAAAAACGUAUGUGGAACAAACACCGCCCGCCCGCCGGCCACAAGCAUUCACUUGUAUAUAUAUAUAUAUAUAUAUAUAUAUAUAUAUAUAUAUAUAUAUAAAAAUAUAUAUAUAUAUAUAUAUAUAUAUAUAUAUAUAUAUAUAUAUAUAUAAAUAAAUAUAUAUAUGAUGUAUAUGAUAAGUCACAUGUCUAAGUAAGAUGUGGGAAUUUGUGAUGAUUGGGUGGGUGGUUAAAAAUCCCUAAUAUAUUGCUUUUACAUUCUCAAACUAGCCUGGUUGGACAUUUAGCAGGAACAAAACAACUCAACCUCAGAUCAACAAAUGUCCCUUGCAUGCAUGGAUAUUAAAUGGAAAUAGAUCAAAUCACCUUUGACCAAGUAGGUGUUGCUGUUGAGUGAUGCAAGGUCUCCAUCAUCCAGUAUAAUGAUUAGAUGGAAAUAUGCUAAUCUAUAUAUAUAAUUCGCCAGCAAGGGUCGAACACCACCACCACCACGCAGGCUAUGUAUAGAUACGCCAGAGCGUGGUUCAAUAAUGAGUUCACUAAUUCCCGAUAACUACGCUAAGUGAUAUAUAUAUAUUUUUAAUAACGCAAUUGCGUUUGGUGCGUAAUAUUUUCUUUUUGGAAAUGAAAUCAUCUCAAUUAAAGUAUUGUGUAAAAAAUGUAAAAGUGGUUGGGACAUGAGAAUAUUAAUAUAGUUCAUGGGCGUGAAAUAAAAAGUGUGCAGUGACAUACAUGGGGGAAGUGGUGUAGCAAAAAUUGUAAUUCAUAAAUGUGCCAUACUUGAGUUAAUGUUUUGUCAAGUAACUUUAGUAGGUGGGAAAUUCACGCAUUGCUGUCGCCAAUGUUUGGCGGGCUAUACCUAGUUCUAAUUAUUAUACACUCCACCUCUCACAUCCCAUCAUUAUGAGGUGUAAGGGAAGGUGUUUGUGAUAGGAUAUUUUAUGGUUGAAUUAAAUUAUUGACCUUCAUGGGGAAAAACACCAAAACAAAUACUGGCACCUAGCUCGGUUUUUCAAUCGUGUUCAAAACACUGUAUUUUAGCUUUUAUGCCUGAGUACCAGGGCGCAACUUAGCAUUUGAGAAAUGCUGUUGUAAACAAUCUAAGCCUAGGGUUUUAAAAAAAAAAGAGAAUUGUGUGAUGCAUCUUGCUAGUGCUGUUUUAACUAUUGCUGUUAAUGACUGUUAAAUAAACUAAAACGUCUUAAGAGUUGCUUACAUCAUAACAAGCCAUUAAAGCAGGGAUCUCAAACUCGCGGCCCACUGGCCAUUUGCGGCCCUCAAGACGAUAUUUUGCCGCCUUCUACCUGACAGCAAAGUUUAGUAUUAAUAUGGCCCGCUGUCACAAAUGACUGGGGCGGGGGUACAGGACAGAGCUCCAUUGUUGUUUAGGUAACUUAUAGGAUGGAAGGAAACUGCUGUUAAUGGGGUUAAGUUAAGGUUAAUAGACUCUCACAUCUUGAUAUAGUGGGGGAUUGUUUCUUUGGAUAAUAGUAUGUUCGGGUUUUCAAGACUUCGCAUGAUAAUUUUUGGGUUAACAAUGGGAAGGUCUAAUUGACCGGAAAUUAGGGGGCAUGGGUGUGUUUAUAGAUAGCAUUCCUGGAUCACCUAUGGGGGGUAGAGAACGACAUAUAAGAGGGAGCUUUCACUGAGUUAAGGGAGUUGAGGGAGAGUGAACAGAGGUACAACGAGUUGAGGAAGAGGGAAAGGAGCGACAGUAGUUAGUUGAGGAAGAUAGAGAAGAACUACGGAUUAGUUGAGGAAAGAGAGAGAAAAGAACUACGAUACAACUGAACAGUUGUUAGGGAAUACUUGCUAGAGACCAGAAGACGACAGAUGACUGGAAAAACGUAUAUCUUACCAAUAAACACUUUCAUUAUCGUUGGACACCAGAAGUUUUGAGUUGUUGCAUUUCGUCCAAGUCUACGUUGUGCUUUUGUCUGUCUCAACGCCUAGACACCCACAAUAUAAAUCACAGAGAGGAGCGGUCCUGUACUGACCACUACUAAGUCAACAUAGUUUGUGUUAAGUCAGGACCGGAGCCCUCCUCCUUAACAACCGUUCUGUGACACCCGCACGUUUCCACAUUCUCCUAUCUAUAAUGUGACCCUCCGUGACGAUUUCAGUCAAAUCUCACUGACUAGUAUAAUUAUGAUUUUUAUUAUGUUAUAUAAAUACCUAUAGGUUUUAAAGGGUUAUUACAAUGGUAAAAACCGUUUUAAAAUCGGACUUAAAGGUUUUAUUUGAUUGAAUUUUAUGAGACAAACAUGGCCACAACUGUAAAUGGUAGCAAUCUGUCACAGUAUCAAACAAUCCCUAUUAAAAUUGCUGCUAGUGUGUACCCGAACCCAGUCAUGUCUUUUUCAAAACCUGCUGUGAAGAGAAAGGUUGGCGAUGAGCGCAUACAGUUUCAGGAGAAAUGGGAGACGGACUAUUGUUUUGUUGAGCACAGGGGCAUUCCGACGUGCCUUAUAUGCACAGAAAAAGUUUCGGUGCACUAGGAGUACAUCAGAUGUCAUCCAGACAUUCUGAGGAGUAUGCAAAAUACCUGGGAGAUGAGAGAGAGGCCCGGGUUGCUAAAAUUAAAACAUGUCUACCGAGGCAUCAUGAUUUUUUCAAGAAAGCGAUGCAGCAGUUGAAGCUAGUUACAUGAUGAGUGAGAUGAUUCAUUCAAAGAAGGCGAGUUCAUCAAAAAUUGCAUGUUACAAGCUGCAAGUUUAUUCUGUCCGGAAAAUAAGGGUUGGUUUAGCAGCACCAGCCUUUCAGCCAAACACAGUGACAGAGCGCAUUUCUGAGCUCUCAGGUGACAUUUAUGAGCAACUGUGUGAGAAAGGUAACCAUUUCCAUUUCAUACUCAGUCGGUCUUAAUGAGAGCUUAGAUGUUACUGACACUGCACAGCUCGCAAAAUAUGUCCGUGGUGUUGAUGCUAAUUUUGAAGUGAUGGAUUAGUUGCUCAAAGUGAUUCCAAUGCUUGGCCAGACCACUGCUCAGGAGAUAUUCCGCCAGAUGUGUGAUGCCAUUGUGAAGGCCGGUUAACCUUUGCAGGAAUAGCAACCGACGGAGCGCCAUCAAUGACAGGGACAAUAGAUGGACUUCGUGGCACAUGUUCAAAGAAAACUGGAAGAGGAGGGUGUGGAAAAGGUCAUUGCACUACACUGCAUUAUCCAUCAGCAGGCCCUUUGCAGAAAAUGUCUGAAGUUUGACAAUGUGAUGUCUGAUGUUGUGAAAUACAUCAACCUUAUCAGUGUUGCCUAUGAUAAUGUCAGGGCAUUCUGCACAAAACUUGUGUUAUGGAAAGCCCAGCUUUCUGAGAGAAACCUCUGCCAUUUUCCAACAUGCAAAGUACUCAUGGACUCGGGCACACCAUUCAGUAUUAAGUAUACUGAUGCCAGUAAAAAGCUACAGGAAGAAUUUGAUCACAUGAUUUUAGACUUCAAAACACACAGAGCCACUUUUCAAAUUUUUGCUGACCCUUUCUCCUUCAAUGUAGAAUAUGCCCCAUGCACUUCCAAUGGAGCUAAUUGAUCUUCAGUGAAAUUCUAGUUUCAGGGAGGUGAAUGGAAAAACAGACAAGCAUGGAUAAUUUAUGAGAGCAUUGUCCUCCACCUUCCCUGAGAUUUCCUGUUUGUUCAAGCGGAUUAAGUGCCUUUUUUUGGGAGUACCUAUCUGUGUGAAAAGCUCUUUUCCACUAUGAACUUUAACAAAUCAAUGUUCAGGGCAAAACUUACUGAUGAGCAUCUUCAAGCUAUACUGAGUGUCUAAGUUGCUUCCUCACUCAAGCCACAUGCUGCUCAGCUGUGUAAGAAGAAGCUGUAGCAGGUCUCUGGCAACAAGUAGAAGAAGAAAGUAAAUGAAGCCUAGUUCUUGAGAACCCUUAAUGUUUUAUUUGUUAUUAAUGAAGUUUGAGCAGAUUGCAACAGCUGUACUUGAAUUUGUAAUCACUUUCUUUGUGUGGAUUACUUAAUGCUGCCUAGUUUCACUCAGACUCUACCUCCUGCUGCCCCUGGCUAAUUUGAGUUUGAGACCCCUGCAUUUAAGUCUUGAUAUCUCAUGCAAAAAGCCUAAUAUCAUUUGGAUUGUGCUGUCUCAUUGUGUAAGUGCUGAUGAUGUCAUAGAAAAAAAUGGCAGCUAAUUUGGAGGGGCUAACUUUUAUAAUUACAUUGUACUACAUGCAGAAAUUAAAUUGAACAACUAAAAAUUGUAUUAUAUUUAUAAUCAUAGAAUUGUGUUUUACUUGUCUGUCUGCAUGAGUGAAUUUUCCACAGUAGCCCAGGCCCAUUACAUAGGUAUUUAAGGUCAAGGGAACCAGGAGUUUAAAGGGUUGAUUGGAAUUUUAUUUAUGAUUUUUUUAAAGCAAAGAAACAUGAAUAAUAUUCAUUGUCCAUUAAAGCCGUAAUGAAUUAAAGAUCUGCUGGAAUAAACAAACAAAUUGUGCAUGUAAAAAUUCAGUGUUAGAUAAACUUAUUCGCAGUGCCCUACAUUUAAUAAAUUUCCUUUUUAUUCACAAAGUUUCUUUGACCUGCCUUGUACAAAAGAUUUAUCAUGGGAUAUUCAUGAACGUUAUAUCUAAUGAUUAAAACAAAUUCAAUAGAUUAGAAUAUCAAUAUUAUCGUCUGCACAUUUUAAAUUUAAAUUUUUAUUUUUAUUCAUAGUUGGUAUAAUUUCAAUUUGCAUGCGAAACUUCCUGGAACCAUUUCACCGUGGAUUCUUCAAAAAUGACCAGUCAUUGAUGCAUCCUUACCACUCAUCUACCAUUCCUAGUACUUUAAUGUACCUUGUUGGAUUUUUAGUUCCUGUUGCAGCGGUCAGUUUAAAGAAUUUUUUAAAUCAUUUAGUAAGCUGAAGAUUGAGCCUUUUCAAGUUUUCACAGGUAUUAAAAUGGAGAAGUGAUUAUCAUACAUUACACCUCAAUUUCUUUCAACACAACGAAACGUUUUUUUAUCCUUCAGAAAUGUGCUAACAAUACACUUCUCAAUGAACACCGAAUGACAAAUUAAGUCUACUUGCAAUUUUUUUCUUUCCAUCUUAGGUCCAAAAAAAUUUAAUAAUAAAAAAAAAGAAGUUAAAGAUAAACACAUUUUGAAAAGCUAUGCAUAUUAUGUAGUUACAAUUACACAACCACCCACUUACUUUAUUUGUAAGUUAAACAGAAAGUACAAACUUAUUGAAACUAUGGUGUGAUUGAAAAGGUUUAACUUAAGAAUAGAAGAUAACUCCUUUUUCUUGUGUGUCAUUCUUAGAUGUGGGUCAUUGAGACUUUACACUUCAAGCAUCAUGUAGAGCAAAGAAGUGGAGACAAGGUACCCCUCAAAAUAAUCCUCGUUCACUCUCUAUGGAACUGGUUUAAAGUCGUAGGCAUAUUCAUACUAGGAGCUGGGAUAACCCAUUUACUCACCAACAUACCCAAGUAUUCCAUUGGUCGAUUGCGUCCUCAUUUCUUUGAUGUUUGUGACCCCGACUGGUCAAAGGUCAAUGAUACAAAAGGUUACAUCACUGCAGAUAUUUGUUUAGGAAUUGAUCAAGAUCUUAUAAGAGAAGCCAGGUAUUUAUUAAUUUUUAUAUGCUAUGAGGCAUGGAAAGAAAAUCAAAUUUUUUUUCCUACUUUUUUUGCUUGAGAUACAGAGCCUAAACAGGUUACAGUUGUGUUUAAAAAUUUGAGAAAUAAUUAUGUGCAAUAAAAAGAAAAUAUUUUUCUUUCAAAUCUUUUCUUCGAAUUGAAUGUAUAUUUUUAUAUUUUAUAAAAUCUCAGAGCAUAAAUGACUUUACAAAACUGAGAUCUUCAAAACUUUUUUUGAACAACAAAAUAAUCUUUGACAUGUAUAAUCAUCCUUUUUUAUUUAAUCAAAACAAGUAGACAAAGCUUUAGCAUUUGCAAGUAGAAUAUACUUCUAUUUCUAUAUACAUCAUAAAUUUUCUCUGUAUUUAUAUGUCCUCUUGAAGUGGGUUUAAAUAGGUUUAUUCUGAUUGUUUGGCUACUAGAAAUAGUGGAGGUCUUAAUAUCAGUUCAGCGAUGAGUUCUACAAUGACCAGAAUUAUUCACUUCAUUAAAUUUAACAGUUUUAACCUCUCUCUUUUAAAAAAAAAAAAUUCAGAUUGUCAUUUCCAUCGGGACAUUCUUCUAUGUCUUUGUACUGUGCUACUGUGUUUAUGGUAAAUACACAAUAUUUUCAUAUUAGAUUUACCAAAAAUAAUUUCUGCCGUAACUUACAUGACAUUUUAUUGCUUUUUAAUGAUAUAGUAUAAAAUAUAGUAAAAAUUCUGUGUAGGUGUUUUAAAAAUUUUUUGUAUAAAUUAUAUACGUUAAAAUUUUUGUUAUCUGUGGGUUUGCAAUGUUAUCUUUGUGAGAUUUUAUUUUCUAGAUAUACCUUAACAAGCGAUUCAAAUGGAACCAGAUCAAGAUAGCCAGGCCAUUACUUCAGGUCCUAGCUUUUGGCAUGGCCUUUUACACCUGUUUGUCAAGGAUUUCGGAUUACAAGCAUCACUGGAGUGAUGUUCUGGCUGGUGCAAUAUUAGGAUUGAUUACUGGAUUUUUCAUUGUAAGAUUUUAUUUGCAAGAUUACUGUAAAUAUUAAUUUAACCCAUGAACUGUCGUCAGCCGCUUUUCUCUUCCUGUACUAUCGGCCGAUAAAAAUUGCUUAGAAAGAACAACUUCCAGUAACUUCCAGUCCAAAUUUUUCCACUAAAUAAAACUAAGUUCUUUUAUUAAUAAAUGUUUUUCGCUCUUCUGUGUCCUUUUUUUAAACUUUCGAGUUAUUGUUACACUGAUCUUUAUCAAGCAAAUUUGUGUACGUUGAUUUUUGCGAAAUGGAUGAGGCCAUAGCUGGACCAUCUGGCUUAGAAAAUAAAUCAGUUAUGAAUCUUUUUGAUAAAUUUUUAUUUAAUGAGUUAGGUGAUUCGGAAGAUGAUUUUCUGAUCACACAUGGAGACAAUGAUAAUUCCGAUUAUUUUUCUAGUGGGUCAGAAAGCCAAAGUUCUGACUCGGACGAUUUAGACCUAGGCCUAGAACGAGUAGGCGAUGCCCCAACAACAGGACUUGUUCAAAACUAUGUUGCAGAUGAUUGUGGACCAACAAAAAAUAAUGGGAUGUUGUUCUAAAUAUGUUUUCUUAUAUUUCAUUUGAGAGAUUAAAUAUUUAUAUAGCAGCUUUUUAUAUUUUAUCUGUUUCUUGCUAUUUAGUAAUGUUUAUAUUGUUUAUGUCGUGGUUUGUUAUUUGAAUGUAAUUAUAGGUAUCAGAGGAAUUGAAAAAAAAAUCUAUUAAUAACAAAACAUAUACAAAUAAUACAUUUUCUGAAAGGUAAAUAAAAAUGCUAUCAUAUUAUAUAAACAUGAUAAUAAUAUGCCCUUAACUUUAAAAAAUUGUAGUUUGAGGUACUUGAAAAGAAAACUUUUCAUUAUUUUCUUUAUUCUUGGCCACUCCAAGGUUACGGUAUAAAAUAUCAUUAAAAAGUAGCCAAUAUAAUUCCCCACUCAGUCUAAUUUCAAUAAAUAUAUACUUUAUAUAUUUGCAUGUGAAAAAUGACAUUUUUCAAAGGCACCCGAAAAGCUCUAAAUUGCCUGCACAGUACAUUCUGUAAUUAUUCUAAUAACAUGUACGGUUUGUGGGUUCAUAUAACUUUAAAUUAAAUGGGUGCUGAAAUAGUCAAAUUAAAACUGGGGUAAAAGUAAAUCAGCAGGGACAAAAUAUUAAUUGUUUGGCAAAUCUGGGUUCAAAUCCAAGAACAUAUUAAUUAGAGUUAAUUUCCAAUACUGCCAGCUGUCUGGCACACAAAUCAAGUUAUGAGGCAGCGUGUGAAUGAAGGGUUGAAAUCUCUCCUGGCCAGUAAGAGCUGAUCAUUAGUCUAUUAUUUACUUCCAUUUUACCUAAGUUGCUUAAAAUUUAGCCCUGUUUGCAAGAAAUAGUGCUUUCAAAAUGACAGCAAGGAAAGUGAGAUUUUUGAGUAAGUUAAAACUACAAAUAAAAACUUGUUUCAACCCAAUAUUCAGCACAUCUUAAUAAUUAAAGUGGUUAAAAUGUUUCUUUCUCUCGUUCCACAGAUGCAUCGAAUGUCUGAAGUAGUCUUUAUCAAAUCAGAGUCUCAGCGGAUAUCACGAAGUACUAGUUUGCCGUCAAAUUUUUUGGAUUAUCAUUCGAGCCGUUUGGCUACCAUUGAAGCCACUUCCUUUUAACUCAUUAUGCUAAUGAUUAUUUUGUGAUAUUAUUAAAUUUCAAUCAUUUGUGUUAGUAAAAUCUAUCUGUUUAAUGGAAAAGAUUUUAGUUUCUUCUGGGAGUGUUUUAAAAAAAAACAUUUGAAGACAAUUUAAAAUCUAACUGUGCCUUUAACUUGUAAUUAAAUUUUUGGGUUAAUCUUUUCUGUACCGGUACUUCAUUAGAUUUUUAUAUUGUAUUUUAUAUUCUAUUCAAGAAAAUCAAGGGUCACAAGUUAUAAAUAGAACUAGAACGUUGAAUAACUUUAAUUCCUUGAAUUAAGCGUAAAUCAAAAUAAACUAAAUUAAUUAGUUUGCAAGGCUUUAAGAAUUUUUUCUUUAGUGUUUCAGAGCAAUAUCUUUGAGGAUAUUGUGUUAAAUAAUAAUUGGUUAUAGAAUACACGUAAUAAAUAUAAAAAUGUUGGAUCUAUUGGAAAUAAAAUUACUGUGCAGUUAUUGCUCUUCAUCAUUGUUAUUGUAACGUCAUUCUGCAGUCAUUCUUAUGACGUGAUUUGUCCCUCAUUAAUGAUUAAGUUCUUUAUCCAGUCUGCACAAUCUAUUUCCAUUAUUUCCUCACUGCAUUGUGAGAUUGUCAUGCCAUUCAAAUUCACUGUGAUUAUAAUAGUUGUAUACAACUUUCUUUUUUAAUAUCUUGUGUACAUUCCUAUCUAACUAAAAGAAAAUUUAAUGGUUGGUUGCUGCCAUUUUUUGUGCAUACUAGAAAUAUUGGAUCCCAGGUAUUUGAAAUGCUCAACAACCAAAAGAUUAUGGCCCUCAAUAGAUAUGAUUGUAGGGGACGGUGCUUCUUGCAUCAUUACAUCAGAAGAGCGUUGGUGCCAGUACACAAUCCUGUUUUACUCCGCUGCUGACUGGGAAUGACUCAGAGACAGCGCCAUUGAAGGUUACUGUACUGUGCAUGUUUUUGUCAAAUGACUAUGAUUGUGAGCAGUCAUCGGGGACAACCUAUUAUUUGCAAGGUACUGAAAAGGCCUCUCACGCAUUUGGCGUAACAAGAAUAUCAUGUCUAUUGUUGAACGCCCACUCCGGAAGCCACUCUGGGUAGAUGCGCAGACCUGUUUACUCUUGCGAUUUUGGCGUACAAUGUACUAUUUAGAGGUGAAUAAUUAUAUGUGCUGUAUGUUUAUUUUUUUACUUUUAAGAUGUAUUGAAUGAUUUUGUGAUGAUAUUGUACGAUUUUAAGAGUUUGAGGGUAAACAGGUCUGGAUGCGGUUAGGUUAGCCAGACUCUGCAAUCGUUUAAGGGCAACACGGGCAAAAGUCUUUCCAACUAAGCCAAGGAGAGAAAUUCCUUGGUAGCUAUUGCAAUUACUUUGGUCCCCUUUAUUUUUUACCAUGUUACGAUGUUGGCGUGUCUCAUGUCCUGGGGAAUGUGACCUGUUUCCCAACACAGACAGGAGCUCAUGUAAGGGCUGAAGUAGAAUAGAUUUUCCAUUUUUGAGGACUUCCGGUGAAAUGCCGUCAAUCCCUGGUGCCUUCCCAUCAGCAAGGUAAUCGAUGGCUUUUUCCAGCUCCUGUAAAGUUGGCUCUUCAUAUACUUAUUCCAUUUUUUACAACUCGGGAAUAUUAUGCAGAGCGAGCUCAGUGACUACAUUCAUUGUUGAGUAAAAUUCAAGAUAAUGCUCUACCCAACACCGGAGUUAGUCGUUUGGGUUCUGGAUAAUUUGACCUGUCUUGGACUUGAGUGGUGCUAUUUUUGAAGUGUGCGGACCUAAUACCCUCUUGAUGCCCUCGUACAUGCUCCUUGCAUGUCCGUUGUCAGAAGCCAAUUGUAUAGAGUUGCAAAGGUCUAGCCAGUAAGUGUUGGCACAGUGGCGAACCAUCUGCUGGGAUAUUAUUUUUUUUUUUUGCAGUUCGGAGAGCCUGUAGUGUACUAGCACAAGGUGCAUCCCAAUAGGCAAGUAGGGCUCCUCUCUUCCUCUCGAUUAUGGGUUCCAUCACAUUCCUAUGCACCUCGUACCAGUCAUUAUUUUUAUGCUCCAUUUUACCAUAGGCGGACAUGGCUGAAUCGUACACAGCAUCUCGUAAAUGAGUCCACUUAGAGUGACCCUAAGCAAGAGUUUCCUGCAACACUUUUGUGAAUUAGUGCAUUUUUUCUGGGUUAUUUGAGCAGUGGAUGUUGAUUCGGCAGCUAAAAAAAUCUUUUUUUAAAUUAAAAUUUUGAUUACUUGCAAAACAAGGUGUGCUUAGAAUAAUUUUUAAAAAUCAAUACCAUUAAUAAGUUAUAUAAAUAUAUUGAUAAUGCAAAAUAUUAAAGCUGCACAUUUACUAAACAACAUUAAUAUUUAUAAAUCAUUCUACCAUGAC